ACUCUGCAGACUUUAACUCUGUCAACAUGUUGUCGUCUGUGUUGCUGCUGCCGCUGUUAAUCAGCGGAGCUCAAGCUUCUUUUUAUGGUGUCGUCUUCAACUACGCUUUUGGAGACCUCCAGCCAGGUGGAUACGCAGGAUACGCCGUGCCAUAUGACUUAAAGGUGAGCUUCAACUCCUGUGAAGAGUUCAACACUCUGAAUUGUUAUGGAUACUGUUCUGGGCCUCCUUAUUCAAUCGAUGAAAUCGGAGGUGAAUGGUGUCAGAAAGGACAUGCUGGCACUUUCUAUUCUCCGUACCUGUCUACGUUAACUCAACUGGUUAGCGCUUCAGCCUGGACAGAAAACAGGAAUGGGAUUGUAUCAUCAAGAGCAUUUUUGCAGUUUGACUUGAGAAACCGUUCUGACAUCAACAAACCCAACUCAUCGCCCCGGACCACCAUCCUCCCUCUAGUCAGAGUUCCUUCAAACUGUCAGAGAAACAUCAACCUGCUGGUCUCUGAUCCAGACGGAGACGACAGUAGAUGCAGAUAUGCAGCUGCUCCAGAGUGUGACAUCUGCACUCCUCCGUCUGUCCUCAACAUCUCACCUUCUUGUUCUCUGUCAUUCAGUCCCACCAACAGCAGUGAUGAAGGUCCGUAUGCAGUUCAGAUGGUGGUGGAGGAUUUUCCCAGACAGAACAUCACUCUGACUGACAGCAGUGGUUCACAAGUGAUGAAAACUCCCAGCGACUCCAUCAGCAGCAUGCCUGUCCAGUUUGUUUUUAAAGUGGAUCCUGCAGCUCCAUCCUGCACAGAAGGUGAAUUUCUGCCCAGGUUUCUGCCUCCAACUCCACAGAACGGAGCUCAGAUCUUCACCAACGUAAACCAGACUGUGCAAAUCCUCCUCAGAGCAGAAGCAACCCAGGCUGAGACCAUGGAGCUCCUGUUCUCCGGGCCGCUCGGAUUAACCAAGAGUUCAUCAGGAUCAGGAAACUUCACCCUGACAUGGACACCAUCGGCCAGUGGAGCAGGACUGGAUCAUCAUCUCUGCUUCGUUGUCCAAGCAAAUUCCUCCGGCUCCAUUUACCAGUCUGACCUUCGAUGCAUCAUUCUGACGACUGGGAGCAAUCCAGUCACUGCUUCCCCUCCAACUACAACUACCCCUCCAACUACAACUACCCCUCCAACUACAACUACCCCUCCAACUACAACUACACCUCCAACUACAACUACAACUACACCUCCAACUACAACUACCCCUCCAGCUACAACUACAACUACACCUCCAACUACAACUACAACUACACCUCCAACUACAACUACAUCUCCAACUACACCUCCAGUUACACCUCCACCUCCAACUACACCUCCUCCAUCCUCCAACCCAAACUUAACACCAGCCUCAGAAUCAUAUUAUGUUUUGGCUCUGAAUGCAAAGCUUUCCACUUCACUGUCACUGAAGAAUGAAUCUGCCACCAUCAUCAAACUGAUCAAAGACGAGAUGGUAAGGCAAGGACUGCCAGCAGGGAUAAUAGUGGAGCUGCUCAGCAGUGGUGGAGUGCAAGUCGCCCCCUAGUGGCUA